AUGUCAAGAAGUGAUGAGGGUGUGAACCCGGAACACUUCGUAAAACCCCACUUUCCGGAGGGCCUUAGAGUACUCGCCGUUGAUGACAGCAUUGUCUGUCUCAAACUGAUUGCUACUCUACUUCACAAAUGUCGCUACCAAGUUACAACGACGACAAAAGCAACUGAAGCUCUUAAGAUGCUGAGGAUGAACAAAGAAAACUAUGACAUUGUGAUUACUGAUGUUAAAAUGCUUGACAUGGAUGGUUUCGAGCUUGUGGAGAUUAUAGGCCUUGAAAUGGAUAUACCAGUUAUAAUGAUGUCUGCAAAUGAUGAUACGGAGUCUGUGAUGAAGGGUGUAAUGCAUGGAGCGCGAGACUACCUGGUAAAACCAGUUCGAAUGGAGGAACUCAAGAACAUUUGGCAGCAUGUGAUUAGGAAAACUCUACUUGAUCCCAGCAAAUCCAAUAUCAUGAAGGAGGCAGAUCAAGACUCAAUGCAAGUGAAAAGACAAAGGGAAAAAAGCGUGGAAAAAGAAGACGAAACUAACACUCAAUCCGAUGGUGAAUCGUGUGCUCAGAAGAAACAGAGGAUUGCUUGGACAGCAGAGUUGCAUCAAAAGUUUGUAGCUGUGGUUCAUCGUCUGGGAGUAGAUAAAGCAGUUCCAAAGAGGAUACUUGAACUCAUGAAUGAGCCAAGGCUUACUCGAGAAAAUGUAGCUAGUCAUCUCCAGAAGUACAGAAAUAUGUUGAGGAGGGAAAAGAACAAAGCUAGCACAAUCCAAGAAAGCAAUAGUAAUGUUAAUUUGAUCAGGAGACAUGAACAUGUUUCUGAUACUACCACUGUGCCUUCUAACAACCAAGGUCUGCAUGCCAUAAAUCGAGUUGUUGGAGAUCAUCUUGGAAGCAAUGCUGAAAUGAUGUCGUUUCGUGAUCACCAUUUUCCUAAAACUGAGAUGUUUGGUGCUCCUUUUGCGAACCAGAGACCUCCGUUCCUUACCCCGAACCCCCAAGAAAUGUCACUCCAACAAAAUCUGCUACCUCCUAAUAUUGAUGAUCAAUUGCGGCCAGCCAUGCCUAUUCAAGCGAUUCCAGCCAUGCCUAUUCAAGCGAUUAGAAAUGUCCAGCCAGCUCCAAUAUCAGUGGCAAAUCCUCAACCCCAGCACGAAUACAAUGGGACGAAACUUCCUUCUGUUUGUCCUUGGAGAAAGGUGGUUGAUGGCUAUGCGGAGAUACCUUCACACGCUCCUAGCUUUGGUGCCGGCCAACCUGGUCCAAGCACUAUGCCAUUGGUUGGCUAUGCACCAUAUUCCAGUUCUCCUGGUGCCUUCAACUAUGCUGGUACUUCUUUACAAAUGCGCGGAGAAGCUCCUAGUCAGAUGACUCCAAAUUCUCAAACUAAUUCUCUUGUUGGGCCAGUUCGAAGUUCCUUUCCUGGCCAAAAUGACCAGGGAAGAAAUUUGGUAAAUUUCAAUGGAAGAGGAUCUUUGGAUCUUAGAGGGCGAACAGGUAGUUUUCAAUUUAGCAACUGUAGUCCAUCUACAGAUGACUUAACAGGAAAUGGCCAAAUUAGGUCUGUGCUGGCUCCUCCAGAGACUUCAGAAAGAGAAAGCAAUGGUCCCCAUAAUAGUUUCAGUCCCACGGAUGAUGACCUCAGUGUUAUGGUAAAAGAGGUGAGGGAUCUUUGA